AAAUGCUAACACGUGCCAUCCCUUUUUGAACCUAAAGAAACCCCCAAAACCAGAAAACCCCUACCCCCACUUUCUUCUCUCUCUCUGAAGUCUGAAUCAAAGAAGAAGAAGAAGAUGGAAGCGAUUCUAAUAGACUGUGUAAACAACAGUCUUCGCCAUUUCAUGUAUCGAAACUCCAUUUUCAUGUGUGAACGACUCUGCGCUGAGUUUCCUUCCGAGACAAAUUUACAAUUGUUAGCCGGAUGUUAUUUGCAAAAUAGUCAAGCUUACUCUGCAUAUCAUAUUCUAAAAGGAACACAAAUGGCUCAAUCUCGCUACUUGUUUGCGAUAUCAUGCUUUCAGAUGGAUCUUCUAAAUGAAGCUGAAGCGGCAUUAUGUCCUUCUAAUGAGCCUGGUGCUGAGGUUCCAAAUGGUGCACCUGGGCAUUUCCUUCUUGGGCUUAUCUACAGGUAUACCGAUAGAAGGAAAAGUGCCAUCCAUCACUUUAAGCAGGCUUUAUCUAUAGAUCCUUUAUUCUGGGCUGCCUAUGAGCAGCUUUGUAUAUUAGGUGCUGCUGAAGAAGCAGCUGCAGUUUUUGAUGAAGCAGCUGCUCUUUGCAUUCAAAAGCAGUACAUGAAUUGUGCAUCAGCAUCCCAUAACUUGAGCAUAUCCAAUGAGGAUCAUAAUUUAGUUUCUGCUCGAAACUUUGGCUUGGAAGAUGGAAGUCCAAGGCAGUUGAAACACCUACAAGGGAAUAACCUCAGAGAUAUUCCUGGAAAUUACCAUGGAGCCUCUACAUUAGGAGGGCCUGUUAGUCAGCCUUCAAAUGGUGUUCCUCCAAACCUGUCAUUUUAUAACACUCCUUCACCAAUGGCCACACAGUUGUCAGGUGUCGCGCCACCACCAUUGUGCAGAAACUUGCAGCCAAAUUGUUCAAAUCCUAGUACACUUGGUUCUGAUAACUUUCCUAGGUCGAUUGUGAGUUCUAAUAUUCAGGCCCCUCGUAAAAAGUUUGUUGAUGAAGGGAAAUUGCGGAAGAUUUCUGGGAGGUUAUUUUUUGAUUCUGGCCCUCGGCGAAGCACUAGGCUUGCUGCAGAAGCAGGAGCCAACCAAAAUACUAGUGCUACACUGGUUGCAGGGUAUGGAACUAACAACUCAUCUAAAUAUCUCGGGGGUUCCAAGUUGAGUUCUAUGGCAAUACGUUCAGUGACAGUUCGUAAGGGACAGUCAUGGGCCAAUGAAAAUUAUGAUGAAGGUAUACGGAAUGAGGCUUUUGAUGAUUCACGUGCAAAUAAUACAUCUUCAAAUUGUAGUUCAUCGCCCCCUGGGGAUUCUAGACCUCUUGAAACAGAAGUAGCAACCAUGCCUGUUGGUGGAGUAAUCAUAAGUGCUUCAUGUAUCUUAAAUGGUGCUUUAGAAAUAUUAGGCCUCCUGAGAACUCUUGGGGAAGGUUAUAGACUUUUUUGCAUGUACAGAUGCCAGGAUGCACUGGAUGUGUACAUGAAACUACCACACAAGCAUUAUAAUACAGGCUGGGUGCUUUGCCAGGUUGGAAAAGCAUAUGUUGAAUUAGUGGAUUAUUUGGAAGCUGAUAGAGCCUUCAGUCUUGCCCGUCGAGCAUCACCUUACAGUUUAGAAGGAUUGGAUGUAUAUUCUACAGUUCUUUAUCAUUUGAAGGAAGAAAUGAAGUUAAGUUACCUGGCUCAGGAACUGAUAUCAACUGAUCGUUUAGCUCCUCAAUCUUGGUGUGCCAUGGGAAAUUGCUAUAGUCUGCAGAAAGACCAUGAAACUGCCUUGAAAAAUUUCCAGCGAGCUGUACAACUUGAUUCGAGAUUUGCAUAUGCACACACCUUAUGUGGUCAUGAAUAUGUUGCCUUGGAUGAUUUUGAGAAUGGAAUUAAGAGUUACCAGAGUGCUCUACGGAUAGAUGCUAGGCAUUACAAGUCCUGGCAUGGGCUUGGGAUGGUCUAUCUUCGACAAGAGAAAAACGAGUUUUCUGAGCAUCACUUCCAAAUGGCUUUCCAAAUAAAUCCACAUUCUUCUGUGAUAAUGUCUUAUCUUGGGACGGCUUUGCAUGCCUUGAAGAGAAACGAGGAAGCUCUAGAGAUGAUGGAGAGGGCAAUUUUAGCUGAUAAGAAGAACCCUCUUCCCAUGUAUCAGAAGGCUAAUAUACUUGUGAGCUUGGAAUGCUUUGAUGAAGCUCUAGAUGUCCUAGAAGAGCUGAAAGAGUAUGCUCCACGUGAAAGCAGUGUUUAUGCUUUGAUGGGUAAGAUUUAUAAGAGGCGUAACAUGUAUGAGAAGGCAAUGCUUCACUUUGGUCUUGCGUUGGAUUUGAAACCAUCAGCAACCGAUGUUGCUACAAUUAAGGCUGACAUAGAGAAGCUGCAUGUACCAAAUGAAUUAGAAGACAGCUUGUAGAUCUUUUUAACAUUGUAGACGCAGAAGAAAAGGGAACACAACGCAAAUUAUCCAGUUCAGAGCUGCUGGCCCCAAGGAGAAUGGCCUGCUUUUGCUUUCGAUCAAUCACGAGAAUAAAAGAGGUUGAUCCUGGGUGUGUGGUGGCUCUUCCAUUUAGCAGGUCUUGCAGAGGUAACCUCAGUUUUGUAGGUGAUUAGCAUGCUGACAGAACCUGUACCGAUAGUUGUCUAAUCAUGUCAUGUUGAAAUGGUUGUAUCAUUCAUUUGUUUUUUUUUUGUUUUCGUUUUUGUUUUUAUAUAUAGUUGAAAUUAGUGGUUACUCGAGGGUUCAGCUCACAGCGAAUGACAUUGCAAUUUCAAUGAGGUUAAAGUUAAUGAAUUUUCUGCCCUUGUUCCA